AUGUCUCUUUUGCAUGUCUUUUGAAUGUCUGCUUCAAUUUUUUUCUGUCUGUCUCUCUUGGACAAUCAUUGUCUUUCUUCUUUGUUGAUCGACUGGUGGCUGUGAAGACAAUGCAUGUAAGAAGAAUCUACGAUAGUGUGAACAACGCACUUGUGUAUGUUGCUUAUAGCUCCAGGUUGUCUCAGGAUAUGCAAGAGCAAAACAGUAGGUAUAUUCUCUUCUCCAGGAUACCAGUCGUCGGUUCUGAUAUUGUCGCUAGUGCGGUCAACUUUCGUGUGAAGCUACCUGAUUACCUUCGACAGGCUCGCGUACACGAUGUUUACCACGUCUCCUUGUUGCGUCCUUAUCACAGACCGUCCGAACGCUUCGUCGGACGCCCUUAUGAGCGCCGUCCACCUAUCAUGGUGGACGGUCACGAGGAGUUCGUCGUUUCCAACAUCGUAUCUCGCCGAGUUACCGAGGAUACCCCUCCACUCAUCGAGUACCUUGUGCAUUGGAAGCGCUAUCUUGAUGAGGAGGCUACUUGGGAGCCCCUCGAGCACUUGGAGCAUGCCCGGAUGUUGCUUCGUGCAUAUGAUUGUGCUCGUCGUGCUAAGACAUCUGCUCCUACUCAGCCGAUUGACCCUCUUCCUCCUCCUCCGGCUGAGGAGAUUGCUGAAGACGAGCCCGUUCCCUCUACGGUCGUUCUUCGGCAGCACUGUGCGUCCACAGUGCACUCGUCGAAGCCCUCGGUGUCUUGACGACUGACACUCUGAUCACCUACUAUCUUCCUACUGACUCACACCUUCAGGUACUCCAUCAUCAGCUUCUUCAUGAUGUCAGCGUUUUGCGGCUCUGCUUCGACAUCG